GAUUUUCUGUCCGUGAUGGGUUUGUCGACACCUACGUUUUACUUGUCUCAUGUGCUCUACGCUUCUGUAAAAUGCCUCUUCGUCUUGCUUGUAUGCUCGAUUCCUAUAGCUACGAUGCUCGGGCCUGUGAACGUGGCUCUCUUCCUCUUUGUAAUCAUCCUGUAUGGAAUAUCAGCAGUGGUAUUUUCUGCGCUGAUAUCAUCGAUCUUCAGGGCACCCAAUACGGUUUUGAAAGUGAUCAUCAUCAUAUGGGUGAUACUUGUUGGAGCACCUCUCAAAGCCCCAAAAGUUGACAAAAUCUUCUACUGUACUCUCUGGUCGUUGAAUCCUAACGCUGCCUUCUCUUAUGCUCUGAAAGGCAUUGCUGAUUAUAUGAAUAGAGGGAGAGUGUUGUCGUGGUGGAAUGUAUUCGAGGACGGAUCGUUUAAUUUCACUGUUGGAGCUGCUAUAAUCAUGUUGAUGUUUGAUAUUGUAUGGAUGAGUGCGGCAACGUUGUUCUUCGAUUUCUUCUUGAGUGAUCAAGAUUUCACGCUAUUUAAGAUGCCUUUUGGUGGUAGUUAUCUUGGCUCGUCUGGAACUCGUUUGGAUGAUGUUGAGGGCAAUACAGAAACUGAUGAAGGAUUGCUACAGACUCGUGCCGGUAUCUCCGUGAAUCGUUUGAUCAAGGUUUGGUCAUCUACCGGAGAAAGGGCUGUGGAUGAGAUGUCGAUGGAUGCGUAUGUUGGACAGGUCACUGUUUUGUUGGGCCAUAAUGGAGCUGGGAAGAGCACUACCUUUUCUGUUAUCUCCGGAAUUACAGCUCCCACUGCAGGUGUGUAA